UUUUGCUCAAUUAUGUCUUCCAAUAUUUUAUCUAGUCUUCCUUCAGACAAAAAAUACAUUGACGACCGAAAGAUAUACAACUGUGAUAAAUGUCAGAAAUAUUUUACUCGGCCCAGCGCAUUGCAAACACAUAUGUAUACCCACACAGGGGAAAAACCUCAUGUAUGCGAUAUGCCUGGAUGCGGUAGGCGUUUCGCCGUCGUCAGUAAUUUGAGAAGGCAUUUAAGGGUUCAUAAACCUUCACAUAUACGACGCCAAUUGACUGCUCAGGAGAGACGUGUAUGCGUUGAAAAACUUAUCCAGAAAACUGGUGGCGUAAAUGAAAAUUUUAGUACCCAACUCGACUCUUCCUAUGUAUCACCGUAUUAUAUCAUCUCUCCAUAUUCCUAUUCUGCCUCUUCCGAUUCUUCGUGCUCCUCCGGUUCUCCUUCUCCUACCUUAUCGCCUGUCAUGGAAAACACUACCUAUCGCUCUAUAAAGCCUAAAGAAGCUCGCCCAUUACGCUUAACAGUGAAAUAUUUGCUGACUAACAAUGCACCAUCAUUACCACCUACGCAUCGCGUGUUGAACCCAAAGCCUCGACCAGCCUGUUUAUCAGUAAAAAGCUUGUUAAAUUAGUACAUAGCCACAAGACACUUAUGAAAAAAAAUCAUACAAAUUCAUUCUUUAGCAAGCAACCAUGGACUCAAAUGAAAUUCUAUCCUUAUAAUGUAUAUGCCGAUUGUAAAUGUCUCUGGUACGUUUUCUCUUAUUAUUACUAUUAUUAUCUAUUCAGCAACAAGGUUGCUCGUUUUUUUUUCCCUUGUCUUACAUACACACACACACACACACAUACGCACACAACAUAUAUAUACAGAGAGACAAAAAAAAAAGAUAAAGGGAGAUACACUCCCAUACGUACAUAUAUGUAUAUAUCACAUAUUCCCCCAGUAUUCCCGUUAUUCUAAACAUAAAAGAAAACUAUAAUUUGUUUUACAAAAAAAAGAAAGAAGAAAAGCAAAUUUAAUCUUUAUAUUUAUGCAACCAGAGCUAUAAUUUAUCGUAUCCUUACGACACUUUAAUUAAGCCAAUGAAAAUUAAGUG